UUUUUUUGUCUCGGAGCUUCACGCUAUAACGACACUUUGCAUCUUCUUCUCCAUUCACAUGCUAUUUUCGCUUGCAAUGCUACCCUAAUUGGAUCAAUUAUUUGCUGUGAUACUGAUACUGGGAUAGUUUAUUGA